UAUUAUUCAAGUAUUAAUUCUAAUAUAUAAAAAAAAAACCACUCCCAUUAUUUAUUAUUUUUAAUUGUUCUAUUAGCUUAAACCUUUUAUAUAAUGUGGGAAACAAUUCCUAUACAUGAUAGAUAUAAUUCUAACUAUCAAGAUGAUCCCCCAAAUCUUUUGCUCAAUCACCAAUCUAAAUAUCAACCUUCUGAUAUAGAUGCCAUUGAAAGUCUUUUGUUGAUUAGCCAAUAUGGUUCAUCUUCUAUCAAGCAAAAGACCUUAUGGACUAAAAGUUGGGAGCUAAAUUCAAAUGGAUCUAGUCAAAGUGAGAAAACUUUUUCAGAUGAUGAAAGUGAAAAAGUUUAUGAGACUUUAUCUGAUAAAUGUAUUAAUAACACAUCUGAAUGUAUUGCAAUAGCAUCUGAUAAUGACACUCAACCUUUUAUAAUACCACCACAAGCCCUUGACACAUCUUAUAUCUCUCAUCAACCAAACCAUACAUACAUAGCUCCUAAGCAAACAGAAAAUGCAUAUAUCACUUUAUUACCUGUUCAUAUAAAUUCAACAGCAAAUAUAGAACAAAACAAUACAUCAUACCUUUUAUUAUUGCUUGAAAAUCAUCCAAAUAAUCCUCCCUUUAAAAUUUUAAAUUCAAAACCUCAAAUAGUUAAUUCAGAAAUAUACAGCACUAGACAUCAAUUAAUUCUUAAUAGACCAAAAAAUUUUACCUGUAAUUUUACAAGUUGCCACAAAUCAUACUUUAAAAGUUCUCAUUUAAAGGCUCAUAUGCGGAUACAUACAGGUGAAAAACCAUUUGUAUGCUCCUGGGAUGAAUGCAAUAGAAUGUUUGCAAGGUCAGAUGAACUCUCAAGGCACAAACGUACCCACACUGGUGAAAAAAAAUUUAUCUGCCCUUUAUGCCAAAGAAAAUUUAUGCGUAGUGAUCACUUAUCAAAGCACAUUAAAAGACAUGCCAAAAAGAAACAAAAAUUAUGUUAAUAGGCAAUAAUUUUAUAAAAAUGCAAGAAAAAAAUUUAUUUAUAUACUUCCUAUUAUUAUAUAGUAUUUUUAUUUUACUGUAAUUAGAUGUUUAAAAAAUGUAUUUAUUAUAUCAUUCUGUGGAAUUAGAAUUACUGAAUAAAAUUCACAAAAAUUGUC